AUGGAAAAGAAGUGGGAAGAGUUCGAAGAGCUACAAGAGGAAAUUGCAGAAAUAGACGAGAACGGCGAUGAUGAGGAGGAAAAUAACAGAAUCAACAGUGAAACAGCUAACAACACGACAGCAGUACAAUCUUCGAGGAGAGUGGAUACGCAAACAGCAUCAUCGAAUCUUGCGACAAGUGGUGCCGAAUCUGAACAACAUGAAAUGGAGGAGGACGAACCCGUUGGAUCAUAUAGUAUCGUAACAAAGGGCGGUGCAUCCAAUGUAUUUUUAUCUACAGUUGUUUUGACACUGCGUAAUCAAAAUGGGGGGAAACAGCUAGCACGAGCACUUCUUGAUAACGGAUCCCAAGCAAAUAUUAUGAGUGAGCGACUGUGUCAGAUACUUAAGUUGAAACGGCGUUCCGUAAAUGUUCCAAUUUGUGGUGUGGGGCAGUCUGAAUCAAGGGCAAAGCAUGCGGUUAGAACCGUUAUUAGUUCCAGAGUGACAGAAUUCUCGGUGGAAGUGGAUUUUCUGGUUUUGCAACGAGUCACUUCUGAACAACCUUCAGCUACCGUAUCGGUGUCACAUUGGAAGAUCUCUGACAAACUUCAAAUGGCGGAUCCCGGUUUCAAUACCAGCAGUAGGAUUGAUCUCCUAAUUGGGGCGGAGCAUUUUUAUCGAUUUCUAUAUGAGCGCGAAAUGAAUCGAAUUACCUUAGGGCCUGGACUUCCAUUGGUGGACACGGUAUUCGGCUGGAUUAUUUCGGGCAAGUGUGUUAAUUCCAAGAGCCAUCCAGUUAAUUGCUACUUGGCUACAUCAUCAGAGAAUCUGGAGGGAAUACUCGAGAGGUUUUGGAAGGUAGAAAACUCUGAAGAUCAACCUGCAUGGUCUAAAGAGGAGCAAGAUUGCGAAGAACACUUUAUCAACACCCACGAGCGUUUGCCGGAUGGCAGAUACGUCGUCCGAUUGCCAAGGCAAUUGAAUUUCAACAGAAUGUUGGGGGAAUCCAAAACCAUAGCAUUAGAGCGAUAUUCAAAAUUGGAAAAACGGCUAGAGCGAAAUUCGGAAAUGAAGAACCAAUAUCACGCAUUUAUAAGAGAGUAUAUAGACUUAGGACACAUGAGGAAGCUAUCGGAGGAGGAAGUGGAAAUAUCACCUAGAGGAAAAACGUAUUACCUGCCGCAUCACGCCGUUGUGAAGGAGUCAAGCACUACAACAAAGGUACAUGUUGUGUUUGAUGGAUCAGCGCACACAGAUAGCGGGUUUGCGUUGAACGACGUGCUACUGAAAGGGCCAACGAUUCAGGACGACCUGUUAAGUCUCCUUUUACGCUUUCAUAAGCAUGAGGUGGCCGUCGUCGGGGAUAUUGAAAAGAUGUAUAGGCAACCCGAUUGCGUAAUAGUAGAUAAAAAGCAGAACGAUAGAGAAGAGGAGAUGUAA